CAAAGUCCAGGCCUCGUGCAGUGGUUACUACGUCCAGAAAAGGUUUGUCCUUCAAGGUAAUCUCCUGGCGUCACUACUUGUCACCAGUCAAGCGCAGUGCGAGAUAGAAUGUAGAGAGAAUUCAGGAUGUUUUAGUAUCAACUACUACGAAGAACAGAAGAAGUGUCAUCUCAACAAGGCAACGCAUCUUUCAAGACCUCUGCACCUCGUGUAUGACAUGGGAGGGGUUUACAUUAAGAUAAAGAAUGAUUAUUGCAGUGAUGCAUACUGCACUACUGGACACAUUUGUUUGAUUGACAGCUCUAAAGACGAUUAUGUCUGUAAAGUCUGCAAUACCCCGCUUGGUUUAGAAUCAGGAACCAUUCCAAACAACAGCAUCUCUGCUUCCUCCUUUGGUCCUGGUCGCGAGCCAUGGCGAGGACGACUAAGAAUGACACAGGGUUCGGGACAUAGCGGCAGCUGGGAACCUAAAAAAAGAAAAGUAGGGGAAUAUCUGCAGGUGGAUUUUGGUAAAAUUUGCCGAGUUACCAAGGUAGCGACUCAAGGGAGACCAAAUCAUUAUCACCGGAUUACCUCAUAUAGUCUCUCUUAUGCUCUGAAUGAAGGGACUUUCACUGACUACAAGGUUGGCGGAACACUCAAGGUCUUCUCUGGGAACACUGACCGUGACACUAUUGUGACGAACGUUCUUCCAGUACCAAUCAGGUGUCGCUAUAUUCGAUUUGUUGUCGUUACAUUCUUCGCUCACCCUGCCAUGAGAGCCGAGGUCUACGGUUGCCCUGAGAACUGACACUACGAUACUGACAUCCAAUUUGAGGUCAAGGAAAAUCGCCAGUAGAUUAAAUCAGCUAGUAUACACCGCACCUAGUCCAGAAAAUAAAUAAUAACUAAUUCAUAAUUAAAGUAAUUCAUAAUUACUGCAAAAUAAUGCUUGGAUACUUCAGGAAAUAAUAUACGAAAGCAGCAUUUGUGUGAAUUUGAUUUCUCACAAAGAUUAUUAUAUAAAGGCAAAUUAAAUGCAUGUAAUUGCAUAACUAAUUCAUAAAUAAAAGUAGUUCAUAAUUAAUGCAAAAUAGUGCUUGGAUACUUCAGGAAAUAAUAUACAAAAGCAGCAUCGACUUUGCAGAUUUGUGUGAAUUUGAUUUCUCACAAAGAUUAUUAUAUAAAGGCAAAUUAAAUGCAUGUAAUUGUACAAUGUGUAUUUGUUGGAUUCUUGACUCGUAUAUUCUAU